GCAUUCUGACAUCCGCGCUAUGACCCCGCCCAUACCCACAAUAGUGACCUCACAAGGGAAGGUGGCCAAUCAGAAAUUAGUGGUUUGGAUUUAUGCCAGGGCUUUUGGACCUGUUCAUGUUUCAGGCGUCAAAACUCUAUAUUUUAAAAAAAAGGUGCAACGAAAUGCCCUACACCCCGUCGGGAUUUUUCUGCGACCGGCUGAUCCGGGAACGGGAGCGGAGGGAUGGCGAAGGCUCUAUCGGCAAGCCCUUGCACUUCCAGGGCCAGGACUUUGAGGCCUUGAGGCAGGAGUGUCUCCAGAAGAAGGUCGUGUUUGAGGAUGAUACCUUUCCACCUGCCCAUGAGUCCCUGGGACACAAAGAGCUGGGGCACAAGUCUAACAAGGUGAAGAACAUUGUAUGGAAGAGGCCCAAGGAGAUCUGUGACAACCCCCAGUUCAUUGUAGGAGGAGCCAGCAGGACAGACAUCUGCCAGGGAGACUUGGGUGACUGUUGGCUACUGGCAGCAAUUGCUUGCCUGACACUGAACGAGAAGCUGCUUUACCGCGUUGUGCCUCAAGACCAGACCUUCACAGAAAACUAUGCUGGCAUCUUUCACUUCCAGUUCUGGCGCUAUGGUGACUGGAUUGACGUUGUCAUUGAUGAUCGUAUCCCCACGUUCAACAACCAGCUGGUCUUCACCAAGUCAGCCGAGAGAAAUGAGUUCUGGAGUGCUUUACUGGAGAAGGCCUACGCAAAGGUCCAUGGAUCCUACGAAGCCCUGAAGGGAGGGAACACCACCGAGGCCAUGGAGGACUUCACUGGCGGUGUGACUGAGUUCUACGAAAUGAAAGAGGCCCCUAAGGAGCUCUACAAGAUCAUGAAGAAAGCCUUGGAGAGGGGCUCUCUUAUGGGCUGCUCCAUUGACGCCCUGGUUCCAGCCCGAUUCGAGACACGCACUGUCACGGGCUUGGUGAAAGGUCACGCGUACUCUGUGACAGCAGUAGAAGAGUGUAAACAGUCUCAUCAGAAGGAGGCCAAGGUGCGUCUGGUCCGGCUCCGGAACCCCUGGGGGCAGGUGGAGUGGAACGGGCCCUGGAGUGACAACUCAAAGGAGUGGGCAUCUAUCUCCAAGGCUGACAAGGAGAAACUACACCAUCAGAAUGCAGAGGAUGGAGAGUUCUGGAUGUCGUUUGAGGACUUCAAGAAGAACUACACUAAAAUUGAGAUCUGCAACCUAACUCCAGAUGCUCUGGAGGAUGACAAGAUUCAUAAGUGGACUGUAUCUGUGAACGAGGGCCGUUGGGUGCGCGGCUGCUCUGCUGGAGGCUGCCGGAACUACCCAGACACCUUCUGGACAAACCCUCAGUACCGCCUGCGCCUGUUAGAGGAAGACGAUGACCCUGAGGAAAAUGAUUUAGCCUGCACCUUUGUAGUGGCCUUGAUGCAGAAGAAUCGCAGGAGUGAGCGCAAGAUGGGGGCCAACCUUUUCACCAUUGGAUUUGCCAUCUAUGAGGUGCCCAAGGAGAUGCACGGCAACAAGCAGCACAUGCCGAAGGACUUCUUCCUGUUCAAUUCCUCCAAGGCGCGCUGCAAGUCGUAUAUCAACCUGCGUGAGGUGACGCAACGCUUCCGUCUCGGUCCCGGGGAGUACGUCAUCGUGCCCUCCACCUACGAGCCCCACCAGGAGGGCGACUUCAUCCUGAGGGUCUUCUCUGAGAAACGUAACACCUCCGAGGAGAUAGAGAAUAGGAUUGAAGCAGACCAUCCAGUGCCGGCACCAGCCUCUGCAGUGGAGGAGAGUGAGGAGGACAAACAUUUCCUGACCAUCUUCCAGCAGAUUGCCGGGGAUGUGAGUAGUGGGAGUCCAGGGAGCGCAUGGGGGACUGAAAUGGAGAUCACUGCCAACGAGCUUAAGAACGUCCUCAACAAGGUGGUGGUUGAGCAAAAAGACCUGAAAACAGAAGGCUUCAGUCUGGAGACGUGCCGCAGUAUGAUCGCCCUGAUGGACAUGGAUGGGACUGGCAGGCUGAACCUGCAGGAGUUCCGGCACCUGUGGAACAAGAUUAAACGGUGGCAGGGCAUUUUCAAGCACUAUGACUGCGAUUAUUCCGGCAGCAUUUGUAGCUAUGAAAUGAGGAAUGCCGUCAAUGAUGCAGGUUUCCACCUCAACAAUCAGCUUUAUGACAUAAUCACCAUGCGCUACUCCAAUGAAAACAUGAACAUUGACUUUGACAGCUUCAUCAGCUGCCUUGUGCGGCUUGAGGGGAUGUUCAGGGCUUUCCAGGCCUUUGACCAGGAUGGAGACGGCUUGAUUACACUCAGCGUACUGGAGUGGCUCCAGUUGACUAUGUACGCCUAGACUGGCCCAGCCCGCCAUGCUGUCCCAACCCUCCGCCUGGACCAGAAUUACUAGCCGUUACCUCAUCUCUCACCAUUCCAGAAACCUCCCUUUAUCCUCAGUCUUCCGCUCGGUCUCAGCAUUGCUCAUCACAGACCUCAUCACAGACCUUAGUCCCAUCUUGUGUCCUUUCCCUGAUCUCUCCGUACCGGUCUCUCACUCUUUACACACCUUUCUGUUUGGGGCCUUAAAACUUCUUCAUGUGCCUCAUUUCUUUUUAUAAUAUUUCACAACACAACAUUAUGUUUCUCAGGCAUUAAUAUCAAUACAUACACAUUGAAUAACCUCUUUUCUGUAAUUUUACCUCAAAGACAAAGUAACCUCUCUUUUUGCUUAUUCAUUGUCCAACUAAUCUGAACCCUUCCUUUCCUUCAAACAGUCACGCCUUCAUCCUCCCCUAUAUACCUUCUGGUCAAAGUGGUUCUUUGUCACUUAUCCACUGCCUCCUCCAUCUCCUGGUGGCUGAACAGUCCCAUGUUUUGAGUCAUUGUUCAAACCUACCCCAUGGGUCAGUGGAAUUUUAUCACCCAAGAAGAUUCCAGAAGCACUGAAGUGAAUAGAUUUAAAAUGAGCUUAACUGGUCAGGAAACAGGGAUGCCAAAACUGAACUAUUUGGUUACAACACAGGUCCUCAUUUUCAGUAAGUAGUACAGGAGUCCUGCUGCCUUGGCUGCAGUUUGGGGAUUUUAACUAAACCAUGAAUAUGAGUAUGGAUUGGAAUUUUAUGGUUUUCCUUAAUUAUUUGAU